CACGGCGGGUGUGGCCGGUCGACAGAGGAUGCCCACUCCUCCUAGGCACCUGAUGCCACCUCUGGUAUGUCCAGGGGUCCGUGUUUGCUCAACUAUCUAUUUUGUAUUGCUUAAAGGAGUUAUGAGAUUGAUCGCUGUUCGUUAUCUUGACCUUUCAUUCUUCCAAGUACACAUUGUAUGAACCCUUACAUGGUUUUGGAAAUAGACUUAAGAAUUAACUGAAUGACGUAUAUGUAUUUAUUUACACCUUUGUGAAUUAUGUACUUGGAGGAUUGAGACAGAUGCUGUAUGACGUGUUUCAUACCGAUUGUUAGGUCAUUCUUGGCACACUGAUUUUGACUACGGAUAACUCCGUUUACCUGAUCAACAUAUAGGGCUCACGGCGGGUGUGAUCGGUCGACAGGGAAUGCUUACUCCUCCUAGGCACCUGAUUCCACCUCUGGUAUAUCCAGGUAUCCGUGUUUGCCCAACUCUGUAUUUUGUAUUGCGUAUAAGUUAUGAGAUUGAUCCCUUUCGCUAUCUUCACCUUUCAUGUUCAUAUAUACAAGAUAGUGUGGGAGUUUUCUGUGUUACCUACAUGUAAGUACUCACCCCAUCCCCUGUUCGAGGAAAAGGAUCUCAUGUGAUGUCACCCUACCCAGUACAUUAAGAAAUAAACCUAAAACACAGAUAUGAUGGGGAUUCAAGUCAUUGAAUGCGUAAUAGAGCCCUAGGAUGACCCAUAUCACAGAAUCCCCUUUCUAUCUAUCGUGUCACAAUGAAAAGGGCACAAAAUGUUAUACUGUGGUUCCAACAAAGUAUACUUCAUUUUUCAUUGUCCUGGGUUCCUAAUCUCAGCUCUGGCAUAUCCAGGGAGCUGUCUUUGCCUAGCUCUCUAUUUUGUAUUCGAUCCGGGUUAGAAUAAGUCUUCAGUACCCCUUGCUGGUCGUAAGAGGCGACUAAAUGGGACAGUCCUUCGGAUGAGAACGCAAAAACCGAGGUUCCGUGUCUCAGCAGGUGUGACACGAUAAAGAUCCCUCCCUGCUCAAAGGUCAUAAGCGCCGAGCAUAGGCCUAAAAUUUUCAGCCCAUCAUCGGCAGUGGUGAUGUCUCCAUAUGAGUGAAAUAUUAUCGAGAGGGACGUUAAACAACAUUCAAUCAAUCAAUCUAUUUUGGAUUCCUUAUAAGAGUUAUAACAUUGAUCACUAUUCGUAAUUUUCACCUUUUAUUGUAUUUUUUAUAGAUAUUAUGAUUUUGGUAUUUUAGAUAGGGAAAAGUAAUAAUGUUGAGGUACUUUAAAUACUUCGAUAGUUAUAUAUUAGAAGGGUGGACGGUGGAAAUAGUAAACAAAGAUAUAUCAGAGAAGCUAAAUUUGAUCUUUACAACUUUAACUCCAGAUACAAAGUAACAAAGAUAUACCAGAGAAGCUAAAUUUGAUCUUUACAACUUUAACUCCAGACACAAAGUAACAAAGAUAUACCAGAGAAGCUAAAUUUGAUCUUUACAACUUUAACUCCAGAUACAGUAAACAAAGAUAUUUCAGAGAAGCUAAAUUUGAUCUUUACAACUUUAACUCCAGAUACAGUAAACAAAGAUAUACCAGAGAAGCUAAAUUUGAUCUUUACAACUUUAACUCCAGAUACAAAGUAACACAGAUAUAUCAGAGAAGAUAAAUUUGAUCUUUACAACUUUAACUCCAGAUACAAAGGGGAGAUCGAGUUCAUCUAAGAUCACGUGUCUUUGACAGGGCAUUGUUUUUUCUUUGCUAUAGCGACCACAGUUGUAAAAUGAUCUGUUAUUUCCGUGUUCAUUCUCGUGGAAAAUACCCCUUCGUGUAAGUCUAUAGCAUUUGUUACAAACAGGCAAUGUGUAGUGUAUCAUAUGCGGUAUUUAAAAUAUAUCGCCCAUAAAACCAUUGAUUGGCCAUCAUUACAUCGUCCAAAGAUGAUUUCCUCGUGGGGUUAGGCGACAGAAGAGGGACUCAAUUUCCAUUCAAGAAAACAAAGAUUUAUGGGCGUUUUCGGGAUACGAACACUUCGAAAAUUCCACAAGGAUUUUUCUACGGCGCUUGACAUAUUAAGCUGUUAUUUAAAAUCUUCCAGUUUAUCUCAUCUCGUAAACCUGUGUGGCGUUUUUGUUUCACCAUUACACAGCGCUAAUUACCUGUCAAAAAGUGAAUCCCCUACAACAUAAAAAUUGUCUGGACCUAGCAGAAACUCGAAUUGGAGGAACAUCUUCCUAAAGACAAUGGCAUGCGAUGGAAGUUCGUGUUGUUCCUGUUGUUCGAGAUGUCACAGAAAAUGGGAAUCUUUUAUAGAGAAUGCAUUCGGCAGGCUCGGUUCUUUCAUUUCAUCAUAUCCCGUGAAAAUAAUGAUCGUGUGUAUUGUUGUCAACUUGCUUCUGACCAUUGGAAUCAUGAAUAUAGAAAUGGAAAAUGAUGUGGAAACACUCUAUACACCGAUGGAUAGUCAAGCAAUAAAAGACCGCUCUGUAUUACGAGGCCUAUACGGAGACUCCACGAACAGUAGUUUUCGUUCUUACCAACUUUUAGACUUUGGACUGUAUGGCGAUGUAAUGAUUCUCUCUAAAAAUAAGACUACAAUAAUGAGCCAAGCCUAUGUUGAUGAAAUAAACAACAUCAACACUAUAAUCAGAAACACUAUAAUUGUUAGCGAUUCCUCUGGACAAACCUAUACUUAUGAUGAUCUGAGUGCAGGUUCGAAUCAUAACGAAGGAAUCGCUAGUGCUGUUGUACUAUUGAAUACAUUUCAAGACAAUUUCAUAAUCCCUAAUAUAACCUACCCAGUUUAUGGGGAAUAUAUCUUGUCGCCCUUUCUUGCGCAGGCAGUUUCUGCUAGCGGAAUGUUAAAUUCUGCAAUUGGAGUAAAAUUGCAGUACUAUCUUCGACAAAGUGAGACAAGUGUAGUGGAACUUUCAAAGAAAUGGGAAAAGGCUUUUGUUGCCAAAAUGGAGAACCUGCAAACAAAUCUGACAGAUAUUGCCUACACAUCCUCAGAUUCCCUCGGAACAGAAUUGGACAAAAACACAAAUAGCGAUAUAAAAUUUUUCUCCGUUACGUUUACGCUCAUGAUGACAUAUGCAUCUAUUGCUUCGUUGACCAUCAAUUGCAAUAAUGUAGCUAAUCGUAUGAAUUUAGGAAUAGCAGGUGUCAUUGCCCCCGUGUUGGCCAUCGCCUCAGCCUUCGGAUUUGUGAGUGCAAUUGGAGUGGAGUUCACCAACAUUGUUGGUGUAAUGCCGUUUUUGGUUGUCGGGAUUGGUAUAGAUGAUAUGUUCAUCCUCAUGUCCGGAAUGGCGGACGCCCCACCUCUGUCUGAAGUAUCCAUUAAACAAAGAGUGAUUUUCAUGAUGCAGAAGGGCGCAGUUGCCAUAACGAUUACGUCACUGACAGAUUUGCUGGCUUUUGUCGUUGGAGCAUCGUCGGUAUUCAAAAGUAUUCGGAAUUUCUGCAUAUACACAGGUGUGUCGGUGUUCUUUUGCUAUUUAAAUCAACUUUUCUUUUUGUGUCCGGCUAUAACGAUUAAUGAACAUAGAACGAAGGGGAGCAAACAUUUCUGUUGUUCUUGUAAAACUGUAAGACCGAGAAACGAAUAUGAAAAUAAGUCGAAGUGUUUUCUCUUAUGUGUUCCUGGAUCGCCCCCCGAAACGAGACUUGAUGUGGAAAGUCCAAUGGAAAAAUAUCCCAAAAAGUUUAUCCUUUUCAUUUUAAAUCAUACUAUCGGGAAAUUUGUCGUCGUUGUUGUAUUCCUCGCUUACCUAAGUUCUUCAAUAUAUGGAUGUGUAAAUCUUCAACAAGGCCUUCAGCUAUUCAAUUUAGUUUCAAAAGAUUCCUAUUACUACAAGUAUAGUGUGUGGGACGAAAAUUAUUUCACCACUGAACCAAUGAUUACGCUUUGUGUGACUUCAGAACAGGAAUACCACAGGAGUGAAACACAAAAUCUUAUAAAUUCUGUGUUAUCCAAGACUAAAUUGGACAGUUAUGUUGAUGACAAUGUUGAGAUAAAUUGGCUUACAAGUUACAAGCAAUCUGCACAUUAUAAUGCCGCCACCGAAUCAAAUUUUGUUAGUGGUGUGAAGGACUUCUUGGCGUCACAGAGUGGACAAUCCUUUGAAAACGACAUUGUUUUUGAUACUUCUAGAAGCAAAGUGCUGUCAUCCAAAUUUUAUGUUAAGGCAAAAAAUAUGAAAACAUCAAAUGAACAAGGGGAUUUCAUGAAACGUAUGAGGGAAAUAACAGAGAAUACGGCACUUCCCUGUAUAAUCUAUACCCCGGCUUUCGUUUUCUUCGAACAAUACGUACAAAUCCUGCCUAGCACUCUCCAAACUCUGGGUAUUGCAGUUGCUGCAAUGCUGGUCGUAACGUUUAUAUUCAUGCCCGAUUUGCGAGUCGUUGCCAUAGUAUGCAUCACACUUAUCAGCAUCCUGUCCGGAAUAUUAGGUUUUAUGUACUACUGGGAUCUGACAUUGAGCUCAAUAACUAUGAUUCAUUUGGUGAUGAGUGUAGGGUUUUCUGUCGAUUUUAGCGUCCACAUUUGCCACGCCUUCAUGUCUGUUGAGGGAAACAGUCGCGACACAAUCCUAAAAAACGCUAUUGAUAGAUCCGGUGGCCCUGUUGUAAAUGCGGCUUUUUCCACGCUAUUGGGGAUACUGAUGCUUGCAUUUUCCAGCAGCUACAUUUUUCAAUCUUUCGGUAUCCUGAUGUUUUUGGUAAUUGGAUUCGGACUGAUACAUGCGGCGUUCUUUCUUCCUUUAUUACUAUAUGCAUUGUUGCCCUGCUUCCACACUAUACAGUCUGGGAGAGUAAUCGAUUCGCCAAUCGAUUCUAGAUCCCAAAGAGCUUCGUCAGGAAUAUUUUGGUCAUCAUUUGACAACGCCAACGAUAAAAAACAUCAGGAAACACCGAUUGAUAAGCAAAAAUCUUCUAUGAAUGGAGAUCUACCGGUAUCUCAAACAAGGCCUUUACCAAGACCUUUACCAAAACCAAACUCGUCGAGACCUAACAGUAGUUCUCAACAUGAUGAAAACAUUCCACAAGGCAUAGUUAAAGAUAUCGGUGAUGGGUAUAAGAUGUACCAACCUCACAAAAAUCACGCAUCUUGAGCAAAACAAUAUAUAACAUCCAUUUAAAGUUUGACAAUAUUUUGUUUAUAUAUUCAAUCAAAGUAUAUCCACCGUAUCUCUUUUUUAUGUAAGAUUUUGUUUAAACUAUCUACACUUCAUAUUGCCAUUUCCCACUGGUUGAUAUUCAAACACAAAGAAUCAUAGAGUGAGGAGAUGAACAUUGCUCUUAAGAAAGCGUAGCAAAUUUAACAUAAAUUUGAUUGAUAGCUUUUAUAUUGUUUAACGUCCCUCUCGAGAAUCUUUCACUUAAAUGGAGAUGCAAAAUUUAAGUCUUUGCUCAACGCUCACGGCCUUUCACAGGGGAUGGAUCUUUAUCGUGCCAUAUUUGCUCUGACAGCGGACCUCGGUUUUUAAGGUAUCAUCUGAAGGACCACCUUAUAUGGUCGCCUGUUACGACUAGCAAGGGGUUUUGAUGAUCUGUUCUAACUUGGGUCCCCAUGGGAUUAUUUAACAUAGAGAUGUAGGAGAAGCGAUCAAUCAUAAUCGUGAUUAUACUUCAAAGUGUGUAUCAACUCAUAUCGAUUCAAGUUUGACAUGCAUGUAAUCAGGAACACUUACAGUUUUCUACGUACAGUUUGUACAAUCAAUUUAUAAAUAGUUUUGAAUGUAGACCCUACAGAAAAACUAUGGUGGGGCAAGAGUAAACGUGCGAAAUAUACCUAUGUCUUUUUUAAUUUCGAUGUUAGAUGUAUUACAACUUUUAUUCAAAACAAUUAGAUAAAUGGGUAUAUUUAUUCCUCCUAGGUACGCGAUCCAACCACUGGUGUGUCGAGGGAUCCGUGUUUUCCAUAUUAUUAAGUUUGGUAUUCUUGAUAGGAUUGAUGAGAUUAAACAUAUCUGUAUUUUUUUGAGUAGAGGUAAGAAAUCUACAUCUUGAUCCUGGUGAAAUAGCCUAACACUUUUAUGGCUGUAUUCUGAGUAUUCAAUACAAAUUACCUGAACGUGUAGCCUCAUCAUGAACUCUAAUGAAGUUAAGAUGGGAAAAGGCUAAAGGUAAAGCAUUUUACUUAUGAACAUUAAGAUAUACAUUUCCAUUUUUUGCUUUUACUAUAUUUACAAGUUGUAAUGACCGCCAUUUCCUUCUGAGCGGGGUACAGUUGUACAAAGUGUGUGAUAAAUAGAAUAUAUCUGUUAUGACGGUUGGAAAUUCCGACAGAAAUGAAAUAAAUUGGGAAGAUAAGAAAUACAUUUCAUAUUUGAAAAUACAUGAGGGAUUGAACUGCAACGAUUCACCCAGGCUAUACUUUUUCACGGAGCGCUAAUUAUUUAUGUAGUUUAUUUUCAACUUGAAUGCAUACAUUCAUGUAUUUACCCCACCCAUCGCAUAUACAUAUGAGUCUUUAUUGUCUGAAAUCCCUAUCUACAGAAUUGAUAUCACAUUCAUAUCCGAUUUUCGGUAUAUGUAAAACUUGUAUUAUCAACCAUUGAUAUAUAUAUAUAUAUACAUAUACAUCCAUCAUACUUUUCAAGAAGUAAAGUAACUAAUAAAAUAUACUAAAGCAGCUUUGUGAUAUUUUUAUUAUUGUACAUCUUGUGUAGAUUUCAUAUACUUAUUUCUGGAUUAUAUUUAUAUAUAUAAUUUUCUCAAUAAAGUUGCAAGAUUGA